CGUGUACUUUGUGCGGUUGUCUUGCAUCGAAUAGUUAAACACCCAAAAUAAGCCAACACUAAAAAUAGAUUAAAGGAGGAGCAACCAACCCCCUCCACCCGCACACACACACACACACACACACGCCGCCUGCCCCGUCCAAGUGGAAAGUGGAAAGUCCGUAAAUAAUAAAAAUAAUUCAAAUGGGAAUUUCCGUGCGAUAAAUAAAAGGCGCUUAAGCAAACACUGCAAAUAAUUGAAGAAUAAUUACUUUAAACAAAAACCGAAAUCUAAUCCAUACAAAAUUCAAUUAUUUAGCACGCGGAUUUGUGGAUACAACAACCAAAAAACUGCACUCGAUAUGAUGUCCUUCAAGUCGUUUAUGCUGCUCAGCUUAUCCCUCGCUGCCAUCAGUGGCUAUGUCUACGCCCAGAUAGCCCCAGGCUCGAAUGCGUACCUGCCGCCCACGAAGAAUGGCUACGACUACCCCGAGCCGCCCAAUUCCCUUAAACCCGGUCCACCUGGCAGACCCGCUGGUCCCGGCCCACGUCCACCAGCACCACCCGGCCAGCCACGCAACAUUCCCGGCCAGCCAGGCGAUGAUCAUGUGCAUAUGCCGGGCAUGCCCUACGAAUUCGAGUACGCCGUGCAGGAUCCGGAGACAGCCAACGAUUAUGCGCACAAGGCGUCCAGCGAUGGGGAUGUGGUGACCGGGGAAUACCGCGUGCAGAUGCCUGAUGGACGCACCCAAGUGGUGCGCUACACCGCCGACUGGAAGACCGGCUACCAUGCGGACGUCAGCUACGAGGGGGAGGCCACCUUCCCCCAGGGACCGCAGGCGGGAGCGCGCGGUGGCGGUGGCGGCGGCGGUGCCGCUGGUUACAAGUACUAAGAGUGGAGUGGUGUGGAUUUCAUGAGAAACGUGUAAACUUUACGAUAUACGAGUACCGUACCAAUAAAAUUUAUUGAUAAACUAA